AAUCCAUGCCCAUCUUCUUACCGUGAAACUAAAAUAGAGUGUAUUGGGCCCAAUGGGCUUUGAGCCCAUGCUCAUUCUCAUAAGCUCUCACCGAAUCACGGUGACAGAGAUGGGUUCCAUUCAUGGGAGACGCUAAUCUCGGUUCAAAGCCAGCACCUGAUGCUGGUGGGUCCCCUCCGCCGCCCAUCUCCGAAACCAUGACGGUGGCGGAAUGCGAGGAUUUCAUCAAGGAAAGUCUCCGAAAUCCAACGGUGAGAUUUCUGAAGGAGCAUUUGGAGAAAUCCGGUUGCAGCAUCGGAACUAAUUUCGUAAGGGCCGUCAAUUGCAAAGAAAGAAUUGCUGGUCGAUACGUCAGGGGAUCUGGGAUUGAUGUAUGCAGCAAUAACUUGGAAUUUAAUGAUGAGGUUCAGCAAGUGAUUAUUCAUGAGCUCAUUCGUGCAUACGAUGACUGUCGUGCUAACUUCGACUGCAAUGACUGUGUUCAUCUCACCUGCAGUGAGAUUCGAGCCAAUCAACUCAGCGGUGAUUGCCAUUACAAACGAGAGCUUCUUCGUGGUCAUGUAAAGUCGAUGAAGGGUCAUGGGCAAGAAUGUGUGAAGCGAAGAACAUUACAAGCAGUGGCUGGAACCCCGCUCUGCUCGAAAAUAGCAGUAAAGGAUGCGAUGGAAGCUGUUUGGGAUACUUGUUAUAACGAUACUGCGCCUUUCGACAGAGCUCCUUGAGUUGAGAGAGUUGCUACUCACUUCUCUUGGCAGGAAAUUAUCUACGCGUCAUUGUUGAUUCGUAUUAGCAAGCAUUGUUAUGUCUUACUUUACAUUCAUGAGGUAUGAUUAUGGAUGACAAUCGCGAUUGACAUCAAUAUUUAGAUUCAUCAAGUUUGCAUGGUUAGUUGUGGUUCUGACUAGUAUUUUAGUGUUGGUUUAAGUAGUAAUCAUUUUGAUUUUGCAGUUUCUUUGUAGGUUCUUGUAGCAUGCAAUUAUGUAAGUUUCUCCUAAACCAGCAGAAAAUUGUUGUUUAUGAAGUGAAGAAAUUCAGCUCAUAAAA